GAGUAAGGGCGAGGAGGCGGUGGCGCGGAUGCUGCUCUUACAUGGCGCCGACGCCAACGCCGCGGACUCGCAAGGACAGACCACCCUGCACAUAGCGGCUUGCGUUGGCCAGCGGAACAUCGUGUACCUGCUAGUGAAGGCCGACGCCGAGCCGGAAGAAAGGGGGCGUAUCACCGAGUUGAUCUACACCUGGAAUCGACUUCGAACCGAGAUGAUUACUCACCUCGUGAAACACGGAGCUGACCCGAACCUCGUCGAUUGUAACAAGAGAACGCCGCUCGCUAUAAUAGGCAGCCAGGCGGAGGUGAGAAGCGCCAAAAUGAGCAGGCGAGCAGUACAAGCAGCGUCAGUGGUACAAGCGGCGUCAGCUCUCCUACAGACGUGCGAGUCCGCCGGCGUACUUCUACAGGUUAACACACGCGACAGCAAGGGCGACACCCCGCUGCACAGCUUCUGUAGGGUGAUGCUCGCAGGCAGAGACAAUGCAGGCAGAGAAGGAGGGGAGGGGUGCGUGCAGAUAGUGCACGCGCUGCUGUUCAACCACGGCGCACAUGUCGACGUGGUGAACGCACGGGGAGAGACGCCAUACGAACUCUGGCGCCGGAUUUACCCGACGUGUUUCCGCGGCAACGUGGAGUCGAGCGACGAGAUACAUGGCAGAAUGAGCGCGCAGUAUCAUUCGCUGAAGUGCCACUGCGCGCGCGUUAUCGUCAGACCCAGCGUUGCAUACGAGAACAGGCUGCCUCCGAGUCUCAUAGAAUUUGUCAGGGCACACGCUAGACCAACGUAGGCGACACUAAGCGCGUUAAACGAGGAAGCCCAUGUAGGAUCGGAGAUGCGAUAACCCAGAAGACAUGAUCAACACUUUGUAGAUCUAUGUUCUAAUUGUUGCACGUGUUGGCAGACGGGUUUCAUUGCAAUGUAAAAUCGAGUAUAUGUAGUAACACUAUUCAGUUUAUAUAGAAAUGUGUAGAUUAUCGGUAUAAUGCUUUGGUGAAUUGGCGCGAUUUAAUAACCACGAGUACAAACGUUAAAAGUUUGCAAAUUAUUUUGCUGUUUAAAAAAACUCAGUUGUGUUCUGAAUAUUAAAAAAAUAAAUAAAUAAAACAUAACUAUUU